CCCCAUUCUCCCGCUUUCCAUCACCCCGCCCCAUUCUCCCGCUUUCCAUCACCCUGCCCCAAUCUCGCGCUUUCCAUCACCGCGCCCCAUUCUCCCUCCUUCCAUCACCCCGCCCCAUGCUCCCGCUUUCCAUCACCCCGCCCCAUUCUCCUGCUUUCCAUCACCCAGCCCCAUUCUCCCGCUUUCCAUCACCCCGCCCCAUUCUCCCGCUUUCCAUCACCCCACCCCAUUCUCCCUCCUUCCAUCUCCGCGCCCCAUUCUCCCUCCUUCCAUCACCCCGCCCCAUUCUCCCGCUUUCCAUCACCCCGCCCCAUUCUCCCUCCUUCCAUCACCCCGCCCCAUUCUCCCUCCUUCCAUCACCCCGCCCCAUUCUCCCGCUUUCCAUCACCCCGCCCCAUUCUCCCGCUUCCCAUAACCCCACCCCAUUCUCCCGCUUUCCAUCACCCCGCCACAUUCUCCCGCUUUCUAUCACCCCGCCCCAUUCUCCCUCCUUCCAUCACCCCGCCCCAUUCUCCCGCUUUCCAUCACCCCGCCCCAUUCUCCCGCUUUCCAUCACCCCGCCCCAUUCUCCCGCUUUCCAUCAUUCCCCCCCAUUUUCCCUCCUUCCAUCACCCCGCCCCAUUCUUCCGCUUCCCAUCAUCCCGCCCCAUUCCCCCGCUUUCCAUCACCCCUCCCCAUUCUCCCUCCUUCCAUCACCCCACCCCAUUCUCUCGCUUUCCAUCACCUCGCCCCAUUCUCCCGCUUUCCAUCACCCCGCCCCAUUCUCCCGCUUUCCAUCACUCUGCCCCAUUAUCCCUCCUUCCAUCACCCCGCCCCAUUCUCCCUCCUUCCAUCACCCCGCCCCAUUCUCCCUCCUUCCAUCACCCCGCCCUAAUCUCCCGCUUUCCAUCACCCCGCCUCAUUCUCCCGCUUCCCAUAACCCCACCCCAUUCUCCCGCUUUCCAUCACCCCGCCACAUUCUCCCACUUUCCAUCACCCCGCCCCCUUCUCUCUCCUUCCAUCACCCCGCCCCAUUCUCCCGCUUUCCAUCAGCCCGCCCCAUUCUCCCGCUUUCCAUCACCCCGCCCCAUUCUCCCGCUUUCCAUCACCCCUCCCCUUUCUCCUGCUUUCCAUCUCCCCGCCCCAUUCUCCCGCUUUCCAUCACCUUGCCCCAUUCUCCCGCUUUCCAUCACCCUGCCCCAUUCUUCCGCUUCCCAUCAUCUCGCCCCAUUCCCCCGCUUUCCAUCACCCCUCCCCAUUCUCCCUCCUUCCAUCACCCCGCCCCAUUCUCUCGCUUUCCAUCACCCCGCCCCAUUCUCCCGCUUUCCAUCACGCCGCCCCAUUCUCCCGCUUUCCAUCACCCCGCCCCAUUCUCCCUCCUUCCAUCACCCUGCCCCAUUCUCCCGCUUUCCAUCACCCCGCCCCAUUCUCCCUCCUUCCAUCACCCCGCCCCAUUCUCCCUCAUUCCAUCACCCCGCCCCAUUCUCCCGCUUUCCAUCACCCCGCCCCAUUCUCCGCUUCCCAUAACCCCACCCCAUUCUCCCGCUUUCCAUCACCCCGGCACAUUUUCCCACUAUCCAUCACCUCGCCCCCUUCUCUCUCCUUCCAUCAUCCCGCCCCAUUCUCCCUCCUUCCAUCACCCCGCCCCAUUCUCCCGCUUUCCAUCACCCCGCCCCAUUCUCCCGCUUUCCAUCACCCUGCCCCUUUCUCCCGCUUUCCAUCUCCCCGCCCCAUUCUUCUGCUUCCCAUCAUCCCGCCCCAUUCCACCGCUUUCCAUCACCCCUCCCCAUUCUCCCUCCUUCCAUCACCCCGCCCCAUUCUUCCGCUUUCCAUCACCUGCCCCAUUCUCCCGCUUUCCAUCACCUCGCCCCAUUCUCCCGCUUUCCAUCACCCCGCCCCACUCUUUUGCUUUCCAUCACCCCGCCCCAUUCUCCCGCUUUCCAUCACCCUGCCCCAUUCACCCGCUUUCCAUCACCCGCCCCAUUCUCCCGCUUUCCAUCACCCCGCCCUCUUCUCCCGCUUUCCAUCACCCCGCUCCAUUCUCCCGCCUUCCAUCAUCUCGCCCCAUUCUCCCGCUUUCCAUCACCCCGCCCCAUUCUCCCGCUUUCAAUCACUCCGCCCCAUUCUCCCGCUUUCCAUCACCCCGACCCAUUCUCCCACUUUCCAUCACCCCGCCCCAUUCUCCCUCCUUCUAUCACCCCGCCUCAUUCUCCCUCCUUCCAUCACCCCGCCCCAUUCUCCCGCUUUCCAUCACCCCGCCCCAUUCUCCCGCUUUCCAUCACCCAGCCCCAUUCUCCCGCUUUCCAUCACCCUGCCCCAUUUUCCCGCUUUCCAUCACCCCGCCCCAUUCUCCCUUUCCAUCACCUUGCCCCUAUCUCCCGCUUUCCAUCACCCCGCCCCAUUCUCCCUCCUUCCAUCAACCCGCCCCAUUCUCCCGCUUUCCAUCACCCCGCCCCAUUCUCCCGCUUUCCAUCACCCAGCCCCAUUCUCCCGCUUUCCAUCACCCCGCCCCAUUCUCCCGCUUUCCAUCACCCCACCCCAUUCUCCCUCCUUCCAUCACCCCGCCCCAUUCUCCCUCCUUCCAUCACCCCGCCCCAUUCUCCCGCAUUCCAUCACCCCGCCCCAUUCUCCCUCCUUCCAUCACCCCGCCCCAUUCUCCCUCCUUCCAUCACCCCGCCCCAUUCUCCCUCCUUCCAUCACCCCGCCCCACUCUUUUGCUUUCCAUCACCCCGCCCCAUUCUCCCGCUUUCCAUCACCCUGCCCCAUUCACCCCCUUUCUAUCACCCGCCCCAUUCUCCCGCUUUCCAUCACCCCGCCCUCUUCUCCCGCUUUCCAUCACCCCGCUCCAUUCUCCCGCCUUCCAUCAUCCCGCCCCAUUCUCCCGCUUUCCAUCACCCCGCCCCAUUCUCCCGCUUUCGAUCACUCCGCCCCAUUCUCCCGCUUUCCAUCACCCCGACCCAUUCUCCCACUUUCCAUCACCCCGCCCCAUUCUCCCUCCUUCUAUCACCCCGCCUCAUUCUCCCUCCUUCCAUCACCCCGCCCCAUUCUCCCGCUUUCCAUCACCCCGCCCCAUUCUCCCGCUUUCCAUCACCCAGCCCCAUUCUCCCGCUUUCUAUCACCCUGCCCCAUUUUCCCGCUUUCCAUCACCCCGCCCCAUUCUCCUGCUUUCCAUCACCCUGCCCCAAUCUCCUGCUUUCCAUCACCCCGCCCCAUUCUCCCUCCUUCCAUCACCCCGCCCCAUUCUCCCGCUUUCCAUCACCCCGCCCCAUUCUCCCGCUUUCCAUCACCCAGCCCCAUUCUCCCGCUUUCCAUCACCCCGCCCCAUUCUCCCGCUUUCCAUCACCCCACCCCAUUCUCCCUCCUUCCAUCACCCCGCCCCAUUCUCCCUCCUUCCAUCACCCCGCCCCAUCCUCCCGCUUUCCAUCACCCCGCCCCAUUUUCCUGCUUCCCAUAACCCCACCCCAUUCUCCCGCUUUCCAUCACCCCGUCAAAUUCUCCCGCUUUCUAUCACCCUGCCCAUUCUCCCGCUUUCAAUCACCCCGCCCCAUUCUCCCGAUAUCAAUCACCUCGCCCCAUUCUCCCGAUUUCCAUCACCCCGCCCCAUUCUCCCGCUUUCAAUCACCCCGCCCCAUUCUCCCGAUUUCCAUCACCCCGCCCCAUUCUCUCGCUUUCCAUCACCCCGCCCCAUUCUCCCGCUUUCCAUCAUCCCGCCCCAUUCUCCCGCUUUCCAUCAUCCCGCCCCAUUCUCCCUCCUUCCAUCACCCCGCCCUAUUCUUCCGCUUCCCAUCAUCCCGCCCCAUUCCCCCGCUUUCCAUCAUCCCGCCCCAUUCUCCCUCCUUCCAUCACCCUGCCCCAUUCUUCCGCUUUCCAUCACACGCCCCAUUCUCUCGCUUUCCAUCACCUCGCCCCAUUCUCCCGCUUUCCAUCACCCCGCCCCAUUCUUUUGCUUUCCAUCACCCCGCCCCAUUCUCCCGUUUUCCAUCACCCUGCCCCAUUCACCCGCUUUCCAUCACCCGCCCCAUUCUCCCGCUUUCCAUCACCCCGCCCCAUUCUCCCGCUUUCCAUCACCCCGCUCCAUUCUCCCGCCUUCCAUCACCCCGCCCCAUUCUCCCGCUUUCCAUCACCCCGCCCCAUUCUCCCGCUUUUCAUCACUCCGCCCCAUUCUCCCGCUUUCCAUCACCCCGACCCAUUCUCCCACUUUCCUUCACCCCGCCUCAUUCUCCCUCCUUCUCACUUUCCAAGCGGGAGAAUGGGGCGGGUGA